AUGUCGCGGAGGAGAGAGAUCGGCCAUGCUUUGGCCAAGGCCCUUGGCAUUCAGCUGGAGGAGCCCGAGUACGACAAUCCUGUUACUCGCGGCGAGUCCGUCUUCUCCAACCAUACUGCCGAUGGCUUCGUCGAACAACAGCCCAGCUCCGCCGAGUGGCUUGAUGAGCUCAUUCCAACUGCCAGAGAUGUCGCCGAAUAUCUCAAGUCGUUAUUCCCCUUUCUCUCAUGGAUCGGCUUCUACAACCUGCAGUGGUUGUUGGGCGAUCUCGUAGCUGGCAUCACCGUUGGUGCCGUCGUCAUCCCACAGGGAAUGGCCUACGCCCGCCUUGCCGCCUUGCCAGUCGAGUUUGGUUUAUACUCGUCAUUCAUGGGUGUUCUGUGCUACUGGUUCUUUGCGACUUCAAAGGACAUUACCAUUGGCCCCGUCGCCGUCAUGUCCACUCUUGUCGGCAGCAUCGUCACCCGUGCCAUCGAGGCCGACCCUGAAGCCUACCGCGACCAGCCUUGGAUUGUUGCCUGCGCCCUGUCCGUGAUCUGCGGCUGCAUAGUCCUCUUUAUCGGACUUAUUCGCUGUGGUUGGAUCGUCGAGCUCAUGCCGCUGGUGUCGCUCGCUUCGUUCAUGACUGGCUCGGCCAUCAGCAUUGCUUCUGGUCAGGUCUCCACGAUGCUUGGCAUCACUGGAGUAAACACCCGGGAGGCUACGUACCUGGUGAUUAUCAACACCCUCAAGCGCCUUCCGACCACGACGUUGGAUGCCUCUGUAGGCUUGACAGCGUUGUUCCUGCUUUACUGCAUCCGUUUCGCCUGCACGUAUUACGCCAAGAAGUUCCCACAGAGGGCAAAGCUGUUCUUUUUCCUGUCUACACUACGCACAGCGUUCAUCAUUUUGCUGUACACGCUGAUAAGCUGGCUGGUGAAUCGAGAGCGCAGCACUUCGGCCUUCAAGCUUCUUGGCCCGGUUCCGACCGGCUUCCAACACGCGGCCGUGCCCAAAAUCAACAAAGACAUUAUAUCGCUGUUCGUCAACGACUUGCCCGCGGCGGUCAUUGUCCUGCUCAUCGAACACAUUGCCAUAUCGAAGUCUUUCGGCCGCGUCAACAACUACACAAUCAACCCGUCGCAGGAGAUGGUCGCGAUCGGUGUCACCAACAUUCUUGGCCCUUUCUUGGGAGGUUAUCCUGCCACUGGAUCCUUUAGCCGCACUGCCAUCAAAUCCAAGGCUGGAGUGCGCACACCCUUUGCUGGUGUCAUCACUGCUGCAGUGGUCCUGAUCGCCAUCUACUGUCUCGGUGCCAUGUUCUACUGGAUCCCACAAGCUGCACUUGCGGGAGUCAUCAUCCACGCCGUGGGUGACUUGAUCACGCCUCCCCAGACGCUUUACAAGUUCUGGCGUGUUUCGCCUCUGGAGGUCUUCAUUUUCUUCGUGGGCGUCAUCGUCAUUGUAUUCAGCAGCAUCGAGAACGGCAUCUACGUCACAAUGGUCCUCUCGUUCUGUGUGUACAUGUACCGAGUCCUCCGGUCCAAGGGCGAUUUCUUGGGCAAGGUCAAGGUCCACUCUGUACUUGGCGACCACGUCAUUGGCAACGACAAUAAUGUGGUGGGUUCGUACGGGACCAUGAAGCCACAGUCCGACUCGGCGGACCCCGGCUCCAUGGCGACGCGCAAUCUGUUCUUGCCCAUUGGCAAUGCGGACGGGUCAAACCCCGAACUCGAGAUCUCCAGCCCAUAUCCAGGUGUCUUCAUCUAUCGGUUCCAGGAGAGCUUCAACUACCCAAGUGCCACUUCUACGCUCACAUUCUUGAGCAACUACAUCUUUGCCAACACUCGGCGUACCGCCACCAAUACGUAUACCCGCCCGGGUGACAGACCUUGGAAUGAUCCGGGUCCAAAGAAGGGCCAUGCAGAGGAUACCAGUCUUCCCACCCUCAAGGCGAUCAUCUUGGACUUCAGCUCGGUCAGCAACGUGGAUGUUACGUCCGUACAGCACCUUAUCGACGUCCGGAACCAGAUGGAUCGUUACACUCAGCCUGAUUAUGUCGACUGGCAUAUGGCCUGCAUCAACUCCCGGUGGACAAAACGCGCCCUAGUGUCGGCUGGAUUUGGCUAUCCCACUGAGCGAGCUGACGGCAAGCACGUGGAGUGGAGGUCGAUCUUCAGCAUUGCAGAGAUUGGUGGUGAUUCGUCCGCUGCAGCAGCUGCUGCUCGGGAAUACGAGCACGGCGAGAAGGAUGCCGUUGGGCAGUCCACUGAGCAGUCCGCCCAUGGUACUCAAAACGAUUUGGGUCCUGAUGGCAUACAAACAAAGACCAACAAUAAUCACGUGGCCGCUGGUAAAGCCUCGAGUGUAGAAGAAGAUGAGGGCAUCGCGGCAACAGGCUUCUCCCAAGUGCAGCCCAGCGGCUCGAUGGGUGCAGCCAGCAGCAGCUCAGGCGUUUCCAACAAUCACGCCGCGGCGAAACGGCGAGUGGUGGUACAUGGCUUGAACCGGCCUCUGUUCCACACGGACCUGACAAGUGCUUUGCAAAGUGCGAUUGCCAAUGUCGAAGCCAGAGCGGAAGUCGAGACACGUGGAGGAUCAGACAUUGGGAUUACGCCUUGA